CACCCCGCGAGUGCGCGUCCCGUCGUCCCCUGUUCCAGCUCGCACAGCAGCUGUUUCUCCUCGAAUUGCAUGGGGCAGGCGUUCCGGAAGCUGUUCGACACGCUGUUCGGGAAUCGAGAGAUGCGGGUGCUGAUGCUGGGGCUGGAUGCGGCGGGCAAGACGACGAUACUGUACAAGCUGCACAUCGGAGAGAUCCUCUCCACCGUCCCCACCAUAGGCUUCAACGUGGAGAAGGUGCAGUACAAGAACGUGCAGUUCACGGUGUGGGACGUGGGGGGCCAGGAGAAGCUGCGCCCCAUGUGGCGCAACUACUUCAACAACACCGACGCGCUUAUCUACGUGGUGGAUUCAUUGGACAGGGAGAGAGUGCGGCAAGCAGCACAGGAGUUUCAGAGCAUAGUGGGGGAUCCGCUCAUGCGCAACAGUGCACUGCUUGUCUUCGCCAACAAGCAAGACCUUAAGGGCGCCAUGUCCCCUCUAGAGGUGUGCGAGAUCAUGGGGCUGCAGCAGCUGCGCAACCGCUACUGGCACAUCCAGGGCACGAGCGCGCCCAAGGGCGAGGGGCUAUUUGAGGGGCUGGACUGGCUGGCAUCCACUCUCAAGACCAUGCAGGCCAAGGGGCUGCCCACCUCCGUCACCACCCCCACUGCUGGCGCUGCUUGA